CUCUGGCCCCUGGGGCAGUUCCAGGGAGGGAGAAGGGGAAAUGGGAAGGGAUGCGAAACUCGGCCAGAGGCCAGCACCGCCCCUACUGGGUGUCCCACACAGGUCCCUGCGUGAAGGGCAGGAGUGUCCAGUGCACUGACGACGAGAGGCAGCGGCAUCAUGGAAGCCCCCCGGGACUGGCUGGUGAUCAUGAUCAGUGUGCUGGCCGUAUCCCUGGCCUCUUCGGCGGCCCAGGACACGUGCCGAAAUCUGGACGGGAGGGACGGGGCCGCAGGAAAACCCGGCCGACCCGGGCGGCCAGGCCCCAAGGGAGAACGAGGAGAGCCGGGAGCCCCUGCCUUUCAGACUGGCAUCCGCGGCCUUAAAGGAGACCAGGGGGAGUCUGGGUCCCCUGGAAAACCUGGCAGAAUGGGCUACCCGGGGCCCAGCGGCCCUCCAGGGCUCCCGGGCAUCCCAGGGUUGAAGGGCAUCAAGGGCAACCCGGGAAACAUCAAGGACCAGCGCCGGCCGGCCUUCUCGGCCGUGCGACGGAAUCCUCCGACGAGCGGCAAUGUGGUCAUCUUCGAUGAGGUCAUCACCAACCAGGAGGGCGCGUACAAGAGCCAGCUGGGCCAGUUCAUCUGCGAUGUGCCAGGCUACUACUACUUCACCUUCCAGGUGGUGUCCAAGUGGGACCUCUGCCUGUCCAUCAUGUCCUCUAGGAGAGCCCAGGUCCAGCAGUCCUUGGGCUUCUGUGACUUCAACAGCAAGGGACUCUUCCAGGUGGUGUCUGGGGGCUCGGUGCUCCAGCUCCAGCGGGGAGACCAGGUCUGGAUCCAAAGAGACCCCAACAAAGGCCGCAUUUACCAGGGUUCAGAAGCUGACAGCGUCUUCAGCGGCUUCCUCAUCUUCCCGUCCACCUGAGCCAGAGAAAGACACCCCCCCCCCCCGCCUCCCCACCACGGCCUCUGCUUCCUGCUGUGUGACCCUGGCCUACUCAGGCCACCUCUGUGGUGGCUAUGCUCCACUCUGUAAAGUGGGGGUGCUGUUGCUUUAGCUGCCUGAAGGGAGAUCAUUUCUCAAAUCUUUUUCUGGAAUAAAAUACCAUGAGUCCAUCA